UCAUGAUAGUGUCCCAACAAUGAAUGAAGGCGACAUCCCUUCGAUACAGCCUUCCUUCCACUCGCGCAUACGGCCUGUUAUUCCUGUCUAUGCAGCUUUAAGUCCGCGUCAAGUCAAUCUACUUGCUAUUGGAGGAGCGAUCAAUACUGGCCUCAUGAUUUGUGCAGGUCGUGCGCUUUCACAGGCUGGGCCUGCUUCUAUACUUAUUUCCUACACAUUUGUCGGGUUCAUUGUCUAUCUGGUUCUGUGUGCUCUGGGUGAGGUCGCUUCUUGGUCCACAGAACCAUCAAUGGCCGAGAAUGCGUCCCGAUUCUGCGAUCCGGCGCUUGGGUUCACGUUAGGAUGGAUUUAUUGGUUGAAAUUCAUGGUUGUGAUCCCCAAUCAAUUCGCAGCAGGAGAACUGCUGAUAGCCUACUGGCAAGGUGAUGAGAAAGGAUAUUCAAUCUUUUGGAUCACGUUCUUUCUCGCGGCAAUCAUCGUUGCGAACUCGAAAUGUAGCCAAUAUUUCGACCAAUACGAGCUUUUCCUGUCCUGCAUGAAGAUCAUUGUGAUGUUGGGUCUAGUUUGUCUGUGUGUCGUCCUGGCUUUCGGUGGCGGCCCUGACCAUGAUAAGAAAGGCUUUCGUUACUGGAGCUAUCCAGGUGCGUUUGCUCAGCACUCGAACAAGGAAGCAACGGGCAUACUACGUGCGGUCUUCCGAACAGUCCCUUCUGCUACGUUGGCCUAUCUCGGAAGUGAGCUCAUGGGCAUCACUAUAUUGCGCACGCAUAAUCCCCGAGAAGCUGCAGGGCAGGCCAUUGAGUCCAACUGUUAUCGCAUCCUGGCCUUCAAUAUUGUCAAUGUGGCUCUAUUGGGGAUACUGGUUCCCUCUGGCACCCACGUCUUGGCCUUAGGUCAGUCCCCGGACAAGGCCCCGCCGGCCUCAGCUUUUGUGACGAUCGCACAGUAUACUGGCUGGUCAAAGUUGCCACAUAUCUUGAACGCCUUUCUACUGGUCUGUGUCAUUUCGGCUGCUAGUCAAGCCCUCUAUCUGGCGACAAGAACACUAUAUGAGCUUUCUGUAGAUCGACAUGCUCCUUCUUUCCUCUGUCGAACCAAUGAUCGGGGAGUUCCAAUAUAUGCCUUGGGUGUGUGCGCCCUCAUAGGAUGCACGGCAUAUCUAAAUGCCUUCAGCCGCUCUCAGAAACUCUUCAACAACCAUGUCAACCUGGUUUCGAUGUUCAGCAUACUUACAUGGGCCUCCAUCCUGUUGGUUCAUAUCUCAUUCGUGCGAGUUCGAAGGGUGCAGAAGAUCGCCGACAAGGAUCUCAUCUUCCGGGCUCCAUUCGGGGUGCUCGGCUCCUGGGUCGCCUUGGUGGCAUGUAUCUUUUUCUCGGUGAUUCGAGUAUUUGACCUUACAAGUCGCGAUGCUUACCCACAGGGGUUUGACUAUGUGGCUUUCAUCACAUCUUAUGUGGGGAUCCCACUAUAUGCUAUACUUGCCGUGGGAUACAAGAUUGCUACCAGGAGCCACUCGGUGCAACCUGAGAGUGUUGACAUGAGCACCCUCAAGGCUGAACCAAGUUCGUCAAAAGCAGGUUGCACUCUUUCGACGCCGGGACAACCUGAUCAAGUCUGUCCUGACUCAGAAGCAGCCCGCAUGCGCCGAAGCAUAAUCUGGUGGGUGCUGUGACUGGGCGGGGGGACUAAUUGAAUUGGAGAGUGAUUGCUCUGCGCUUGGUCGCAUGGUCUGUGGGUCGGGAACAGUACAGAACAUGCUAUAGAAGCUUGCUUAC